UUCGCAACUAUGAUCUCUUUAUAUGUACGCAAUACACAAGGACAACUAAAAUGCGAUAUUAAAGAAUCACAUGUUCUAGAGCUUUUGGAUUCGAAUAAUAGGCGAAAUUAUGAAGAAGUCUGCGGAAUAACAUUAGCUUUAACUGGUCAUUUUGUUAGUGACUGGUUAGAGAACAAAAUCCCUGUAGAUUCUCAACAAACUAGUGAUAGUGCCUCAUCAAGUCAAACAAUCAACACUUCCCAAUAA